UAUCUGUCAGUCAACGAUCUACUUGGAAACACUAUCGUUGUGCCCCGUUUGCUUGUAGACUUGUUGAGGCCUCCCUCUGAACGCCUCAUCAGUUAUUAUGAGUGUGUGGUCCAAGCUUUCACAACACACAUGUCUAGUACCGCUGUUCACACUGCGCUCAUGAUUAUGGCCUUUGACAGAUAUGUGGCCAUCUGCUAUCCCCUGCGCUAUGCUGCCAUAAUGACCAACAAGAUGCUGAUCAAGCUGACAGUUUCUGCCUGGGGAGUGGCCUUUGUUCUGGUGGGGAUUCUUCUCGGUCUGACCAUACGGCUGAACCGAUGCAGGACUCUGAUCGAAAGCUCUUACUGUAACAAUGCUGCACUGUUUAAACUCUCCUGUGAGAAUGUUUCUAUUAAUAACAUCUAUGGCCUCACUUUCACUGUGGUCCUGUUCACAGGUUCAAUAGGCAGCAUUGUUCUCACCUACACCAAGAUUACAGUAGUCUGUCUGACCAGUAAGAACAAGUCUUUGAACAGUAAAGCCUUGAAGACCUGCAGCACUCACCUGGUUGUGUAUCUGAUCAUGCUGAUCAGUGGAUUUGUUGUCAUUAUUUUGCACCGUUUCCCUCAGUACUCGGACUACAGAAAGCUCUGUGCCAUUGUGUUUGUUAUUGUCCCUAGCAUCCUCAACCCUAUUAUUUAUGGCAUGCAGUCCAAAGAGAUCCGAACAUUUUUGUCUAAGUUCUUUGAGUCUAAGACGAUUUUGCCGUCAUAA